AUGACCUUGUACGACGGCACCACAGAUCCCGGCCAUCACCUCAAUAAUUUUAGAAGUAGAAUGUAUCUCACCGACGCUUCAGAUGCAGUUCGUUGCAACGCCUUUCCAGCUACUUCAACAAAAAUAACAAUCAGGUGGUUUGACAAUCUACCUCCAAGAUCCAUCUCCAAGAAGUUUUCAGCCAGAUUUUCUAUUCAGAAAGACAAAAUCAAGCACGCCCCGAGUCUGUUGGGAAUUAAGCAGGGAGAUCGGGAAAGUCUCUGCAAUUACGUGGAAAUAUUCAACAAGGCAUGUCUAGACAUACAAAAUCUACCCACUGAAGCGGCCAUCAUGGGCCUCAUUAAUGGCCUCCAAGAAGGGCCCUUCAGCCAAUCUAUAUCAAAAAAUUAUCCCACAUCGCUAAAUGAAAUACAAGAACGAGCCGAGAAGUAUAUCAACAUGGAAGAAAAUGCCCGACUAGGAGAAGCAUCAAGAUCCGGAUUCUCCUCCCGAGAUAAAGAUAAAGAGUCUAAGAAGAAGGAAGACCGACACGGGAAUAAGAUCAAAAACUACCACAAUUACACCCCUCUCCGGGUGUCCCUUGUAGAUAUAUACAGAGAAAUUUGUCACACUGAAAAAAUACCCCCAGCUCGACCACUGAAAGGCAGAAGAGGAGGAGGAAAUCGGAUCGAAUACUGUGAAUACCAUCGAGUUCGCGGACAUUCCACCAGCGAAUGUUUUGACUUAAAAAAUGUCAUAGAAAAGCUAGUAAGAGAAGGGAAGUUAGAUCGGUAUCUGGUCACUCGAGAUGAAAGAAAAAGAAGAAGGGAUGAAGACGACGGGCGAACGGAGCAAUCACCCCGCGCACCUGAAAGACACAUCCACAUGAUACACGGCGGAUUCGCUGGAGAAGGAAUCUCAAAAUCAUCCCGUAAAAGAUAUCUCAGAGAGGUAUAUCAUGUCGAGGGGAAAGAGGAAGUACCCGAUAUCCCAGCAAUUUCCUUCACCAGAGAAGAUGCAUCUGGUAUCAUCCCGGGAUACGACGAUCCCAUGGUCAUCACUAUUAUACUAGCAAAUGCAAAUCUCCACCGCACACUGAUAGACCAAGGGAGCUCUGCUAACAUCUUGGUCAAAACUGCCUUCGACAAGCUCAGCUUGGAAGAAAAAGAGCUCAAAGCAUUCCCGAACAGCCUAUUCGGAUUGGGAGAUACCCCGCUCGGCACAAUAGUCUCGACUCCGCAUCUAUGCAUGAAGUUCCCAACUGCAGGAGGAAUAGCUACGAUAAAAGCAGAUCAGAGAAUGGCGUGCCGCUGCUACAACGAAAGUCUAAACCUCAGAGGCAGAGGAGAAGAAUUUCACACAAUUGAGCUCGGUGGAGUUCAAAAGAGGGAAGAGCUUCGCCCACAACCUGAAGGAGAAAUAGAGAAAAUCCAGAUCGGGGAUACCCCGGACCAAACAAUUAAUAUCGGCACACUCCUAAAAGGAGACAUCAAAGAAUCACUCAUACAGCUUCUACGCGACAACGCCGACCUCUUUGCGUGGAAGGCCGUAGACAUGCCAAGCAUAGAUCCCACGCUAAUGUGCCACAAGCUAGCAGUCUACCCGGGAGUUUGGCCAGUACAACAGAGACGAAGAAAGCUCGGACCAGAACGGUCCUAUGCUGUGGAAGAGCAGGAGCUACAUAUCAGAGACUGA